AUGUCCCAGUUUCCUCUGCCAUUUGUGGCUACUAUGCCCCCAUACACUGACUCGCAAUACAUUCGAACGAUCCCGCCCAUGAUGGAAAACAAUCCAUCCCCAGAGUUCCGUUCGACUAGUCCUCAUGGCCCGGUCCCUCCGUCCCCUUCCUCCUCUACAGCCGAGUUCAAAGUGAGCAAGGCCAAGAAGGGGAAGCGGGUACAUGCUUGCGAAUUUGCUGGUUGUGCUAAGGUUUUUACACGAGCCGAGCACCGGCGACGCCAUGAACUGAGCCAUCGUUCCAAGAAGACGUAUACGUGCAGCUAUGAAGGCUGCGCGAAGGCAUUCCACCGUGCCGAUUAUUUGGUCCAACACAUGGCCCGACAAGUCUUGCCUGCUCCUUGCGAGGCUGACCUUGAAUCAUCUCCAAGUGACCCUGAGGUGCCGGUAAAAUCACCUUUAAUGAGAAGCAACUCGACUUCGUCUGCUGUCAGCACGCAACAGUCGCAACUCUAUUCCAAGUCGCCGCUUCUGACUGGAUACCAAUCCCCAGCUGCUAGCGUGAAUUCAGGAACACCUCAUGCUGGAGACCAAUCUUUGAUGAUGUGCUCAAAUUGUCUGAACUGUCAUAAUCGGGUGCAGGGCUCUGCCGCCUCGGGGACCCAACUCUUCAAUUACUCACAGAGCUCAAACAUGAGUCUUUUCGGCUCCCAAGCUUCAUCUUCAUCACCACCUGGACUAGAUGCUAUUGAUCAGUAUCUGCGGAGCAUUCUCCGCCCAGAGGCCUUUCUACCGGCUGUCCAAACAUCGGGGCAGAUGAACUCUUCUUUCUGGAACAACAUCGACCCCAAUCUCCCUGCAAUGAAUACUUCGGGGCAGAAAGCGUACCUCACAUUCAAACAUCGCACCAAGUACCGCACAAUCGAGCGAGCCAGGAGCGCAACUGAUGAGCGCCGCUGA